AUGAAUGGACAAGAUUACAAUGAAAGCCCCUCUUCUGCAGCAGCUGCGGCCACUCCUGAUUCUGGCGACCCAAGAAUGGGAAAGAAACAACGAUUUAUGAAUCUUAUAAGGACUACAAAGGACGUCUACAUCCCCAACUUGACGUCAUCCAUAUCCCAAAGAACGAUGGAUGGAAUUAGAGGCACCACGAAUUCCUUUGAGGGUUCUAAUGAUUUGCCGGCACAAUUGCCACACAACACCAUGUUGACAUUUUUCCCUACGUAUACCACAACAAACCUGGUCGAUUGCGAUGGUUCAAGUACUCCACGCAAAGAUUUUGAGACUACUGUUAGAUGUGCUGUGUCUUAUCCAGGGAAUCCCACGAGCAGAAGAAAUAGGUGGUUGCUUUCUCUUUGUAAACAAUAUCUUAGGACGGGCGCCGUUGAUGCCGACAUGGCGCCUGUGGCCCCCCCGCAUCUCGAAGAGAAUACUGGGGACCUGACGGAUUCUCAGUCGAGUAUAGAGAGCUCGUCAUCUUCUAAGAGUGGUAACAGGUAUUUGCAUAUGGGCUUCCACGAGGAAGAUGUUUUAAAUGAAAGAAUUCAAGGAUUCUUGUCGAGAAAAGUUCCGGAUACUCCGAUAAUAGUUGAUCUGUUGCCCAAAGACAGACUUAGUGGGGAUACAGCUUCUUUUUUUGGUACCACGGACUCCUGUGGUAAUUUAUUACUCAAGGCAGAGACUAAUUUCUUACCCUCUAGCAUCAAUAUUACCUUGGAUACCCUUGUAGAAGGCCGUGCAGAUCCAAUAGCCGAGAGCUUCCCGGUUGAUUACAUCUCACCUUACGGUAUUGGUUUGAUUAGUGAUAUUGACGAUACUAUCAAGCAUACAGGCGUCACAGGUGACAGGAGAUCGAUGUUCCGUAACGUGUUUAUUAAUGAUGUAAAAUCGUGGGUAGUUGAUGGUGUUCCUCUUUGGUAUAAAACUUUACAUGAUGUUGCCGAUGUUGACUUCUUUUACGUAUCCAAUUCUCCCAUUCAAACUUUCCCUCUUCUAAAAGAUUAUAUUUGCACAAAUUUCCCUCCAGGACCAAUUUUUUUGAAACAAUAUUCUGGUAAUUUCUUUUCCACUAUCAUGACUUCAAGUGCAAAUAGGAAAAUUCAGCCAAUAAUGAACAUAUUAAGGGACUUUCCCAAAAAGAAGUUCAUCCUAGUAGGAGAUUCAGGUGAACAUGAUUUAGAAGCUUAUACCACGACUGCACUACAUUUUCCGGACCAGAUUUUGGCUAUCUAUAUAAGACGUUGCUCCAAUUCAAUGAGUGAUUCUCCAUCACACGAAGAAGAAGUUAUGAAAGAAGUGAACAGUAUCAUCGAAUUGCAACAACAGCCUAUUCAAACACCCAAAUCUACAUUACCUGCCAGGAGAAGACCGCCUCCACCCCCCGUUCCUUCCACUCGAAAGCCGGUAUUGACAGAAGAGCAAACUGAAAGUAUUAGGCUAUCACGUCAUGAUAAAGACGAAAGCUUUACUAAUAAAGCUACGCCCCCCGCCCUACCGAAAAGAUCAUUACCUAACUUAGACACUGACACCUACUAUGUACCAUCUUCACAAAAUGACUAUGGUAUGUAUGGAGCCUUUAUAGAUAAAAAAGCUGAUGAAUGGAAAAGAAGAGUAAUGGACUCAAUUCAGAAAUUGAGCAAUCAAGACACUACGUUGAUGUUCUUUUCAGACCCAGCAUUAAGUUUGGAGGAUAGCAUCCGCAGAAUUAGGGAAAAGUAUUCAAGCUAA